AUGGUCUUCAAACUCAUUGCACUUGCAUUCCUAUUCGGCCUCACAGCCGCCUGGUUGCCCGAGACCGACAAACAACUCUCUUCAUCCGAUGGUAAAAACCUAUUUUCCACCUCCAACGGCAAGAUCCGUGGAGUGAAUAUGGGCAAUCACUUUGUGUUCGAACCUUGGAUUGCAGAAGACGUCUGGUCCGAUAUGGGCUGCAAAGGCCAAGAGUCCGAGUUCGACUGCGUCUCAAGUAUCGGCCAGGAUGCAGCCAACAGCGCCUUUCAAAAGCACUGGGAAUCGUGGAUCUCUAAAGCGGACAUUCAUGAGAUACAGAGUUAUGGUCUCAAUACUAUCCGGAUACCUGUUGGGUACUGGAUGAAGGAAGAUCUUGUCUACGCCAGCGAGCAUUUCCCGCAGGGUGGGUUUGAUUAUCUUGAAAGGCUCUGCGGAUGGGCUAGCGAUGCCGGUUUGUACAUUAUUAUUGAUUUCCAUGGGCUUCCGGGAGCGCAGACACCCGAGAAUGCUUUUACUGGUCAAUAUGUUUCAAACGCCAGCUUUUAUCAGGAUUACCAGUACGACCGGGCAGUGGAGUUCCUUGGAUGGAUGACUACGAAAAUACAUCAGAGCAAGAAGUUCCGCAAUGUGGGAAUGCUUGAACUCGUCAAUGAGCCAGUCCAGGAAACAGGUAAGGCCAAUUCAAUGCGGUCGAAAUACUACCCGGAUGCAUUUAAGACAAUCCGCGCCAUUGAAAAGAAUCUAAACAUCAAGAAAAGGGACUACCUCCAUAUACAAGUGAUGAACGAAGCCUGGGGAUCCGGCAAUCCCAACGAAUUCAUCGACGACCUCUACUACACAGCCUACGAUGGCCACAUUUAUCUCAAAUGGGCCGGUAUCGAGACCAAGGAAGCGUAUCUCAACACAUCGUGCAGCAACUUACUGGACAACCUGUCACCAACCAUUGUGGGUGAAUGGAGUCUGAGUGUCGCCGAUGAAACUGGGUGGAAUUCGGACUGGGAUCCUGCAUUGAACACUGACUUUUACAAGCGGUGGUUUGCAGCCCAGGUUACAACGUAUGAGAAACGUUUAGGAUGGGUAUUUUGGACAUGGAAGGCUCAGUUGGGGGAUUAUCGGUGGUCCUAUAAAGAUGCGGUUUUCGCUGGUGUGAUUCCAACUGAUUUGAACUCGGUGUUUGAUAUGAGAGUCUGUGAACAGAUCUAG